UUCCCAUAGUUGGAAAUUGCUUUAAGAUCUCAAUUUCUUUUGUUUGAUUAAAGUUUUCAUCUGUUUGAGUCGAUGGUCGUUUUCGUUUUUUUUUUCUCUUCUUAUUUCCAUGUUAUUCUCUUUGUAGAUUCCAGUUAGUAAUUUAGAUCAAAGAAUACUUUAUCUUCUUGUUAGUUUGAGUGUUUUUUGUUUGAUUUUAGGGUUCAACGGUAAUUCUCUCUAUUUUUUUUAAAUGUAUGUAUCUUUGUGAAUCAAUCGAGAGGAAAAAGAAAGAAAAGAAAAAUAUGCAUAUUGAAGAAUUGAAGGAAGGGGGGCAGCAGGAUCAAGAUCAGAGUCAGUUGUGUGGAGAUAGCCUGGUUGUUUGGGAUGCAAAGCGGGUUUUUGUGGGAGCUGGAGCUCGGGCUCUUUUUUAUCCAACGUUGUUGUACAAUCUUGUCAGGAACAAGAUCCAGUCUGAAUUUAGGUGGUGGGAUAGAGUUGAUGAGUUUAUUUUGUUAGGUGCUGUGCCUUUCCCUGCCGAUGUUCCGCUGUUGAAGGAUCUUGGUGUCUCUGGAGUUGUGACCUUAAAUGAACCAUAUGAAACUCUGGUCCCAACAUCGCUAUAUCAUGCUCACGACAUCGAUCAUUUGGUGAUUCCUACAAGAGACUAUCUUUUUGCUCCAUCAUUUGUCGAUAUUUGCCAAGCUGUAUGUUUCAUACAUGAGAAUUCAUCUGUUGGAAAGACCACUUAUGUUCACUGCAAGGCUGGUCGAGGGCGCAGCACAACCAUUGUCCUCUGCUACCUGGUGGAACACAGGCAUAUGACACCUGAUGCAGCUUAUGAAUAUGUGAGAUCUAUCAGACCCAGGGUACUUCUGGCUCCUGCACAGCAGCAGGCUGUUCAAGAGUACUAUCUCCACAAGGUGAAAAAUAAUGGAAUGCCUGUAAGCUCUUGCUGCAUGAUAGUAAAGAAAACCCUAACUGUACCUGCAAAAGAGGAUACAGCCGUCUUCGAUGAUGACUCUGUAGUUGUUGUAACAGAGUCAGACCUCGAUGGAUAUGAUACUAGCUUUGAGACAGAUGUGUUGAGUGAAGAGAUGUUGGGUGAGGGAACCCUGUCUGUCAGGUUGCAGGUUGCUAGUCAUUCGGCUAUGGCCAAACUUUCAUGCCUAUGGCUUCGUUGCCGUGCGGAUGAAAAGUCUUCUAGGAAGCUAUUGAGCAGUCUUGGUAUCGACAUUCGGGUUUAUUGAGUUUUCGGUGUAAUCAAGUCAAGCUGUUAAUUUGAGUCUUUUUUUGUGUAAACUUUUCAAUUUUGUUUUUACAAAGUGCCUUGUGUUCAUUUCGUUUUCGGUUCGGUUAUUCCAGAGAAUGGGGUAUUUAAUAUUUGAUUCCGGUUUGA